AUGAACUCGAACUAAAAAUAAUUUAUCAUUCAUUUAUUACUAAAAAUAUGCUUAAUAAUAUGUCAUUGCUAAGUUAACCAUCAACUCCUACAAAAUCGGAACUCUUAACAAACUAAUAUUUGAUUCGUUAUUUUAUUUAUUAAAAUAUAAAUCAAGACUUAUUUCAAGUGUGAUAUUUUUAUUUGUACCAUCAUUAAUUUUUUUAUUAAAUGUAUUUCCUUAGUACUAAUAUAAUGUAAUAUAAUAAAAAUGGAAGUUGAAAUAUAUUGCGGCAUCAAUAUAAGUGGAAGUUGUUGUCUAAAAAUAAAAUGAAAGAUUAGUGUCAAAAACUCUGUUUACUAAAAUAUAAAAAUCAAACCAAGAAAAAAGUACAAACUUUUACUCUUGAGAAAUAAGAACAUGUUUUUAUUAAUACUUUUUCAAGUGUUAAAUGCAACAAAAGGAUACAGCAUCGGCUCUGAAUCAUACAUGAUGAAACAUUUAAUACAGAUUCCCAUAAAUCAAAAGUUAACAUUAUAAGGCCGACACUGGUUGGUUGCUUUAGAUCAACCGCGAGCGGGUUUGGUCUGUGGCCAUUGUCCGCAGUCGAGCACAAUUGAUCCAACUACACUGCCUGGAAUCCUCGGACAGCUCUCGUCUAUGGUCGUAGUACAUAGUACGGCCCUUGUUAAACUCGAACUCACUGCCCGGAAUCCGCAGACAAGUCUAGUCCGCGGUCGGUGUCUGCGUCCAUUUCAAACCCGACCACACUGCCCUCAUUCCACAGACUGUUUUCGUCCACAAUUUUAGUCUGCGGUAUGCCGUUUCUUUGGCUCACCCAAAGCUCAAUCUUCACUUUUUGACCCAAGAUAGCUCCAAACACCUCCAAAACUCCAAAGGGAUACUCCAACACCUGGUACGGACAUAUGUAUGGAAAUGCAUCCUAAUGAUAACUAAAUGUUAAUCUAAAUUACCAAUGCACAAUAAUGGGUGUUCAAUUCAAUGAAAACACAAGAUUCAACUCCCCAAAACUUGUCAUUUACUUGUACACAAGUAAAUUUUCAAAAACAAGGUGAGGAAGAAGUGUGAAGGUGGGAGCUCAUUUCCAAAAGAUACUUUUCAAAGCCAUCAAUGUUAUAUCCUUAAAAAAUCAAAUUAAAUAGCAAGAUCAAGAAAUAUCAUCAAACUCUAAAUACUCUAGGCCUAUCUCAACUUAUCAUCAAGAUUACACAAAUAAGUCUAAUCAACCAACCAUCAAAUUCAUUAAACAAUAAUUAUAAUCUAUUAUUUUUCAGAUUUUUGAGUUCACUCUUUUCACUUACUAUUUCUCUCAACCCUCAAAAAUCAAACACAGCUAGACAAUCAUGAGAUCCUAAAGUUAGCAAGUAACAAGGACCAACCAUUUUCCUUCUCAAUACUCUCAGCAUUAUACACAUCUUAAGCUUUUAGAAAAGACGUCACUCAUCAAAUUAAUAAUGGCUUGAAAGGAAGGUAGGGUUAAAGGCAUGGGGAAACCUUCCAAAUGAGAGAUGACCACUUGAACUGCCAAAGAUUGGUGAAAAAGGGUAAGACCAACUCAAGUGUGUGCGAGUAACAAUGAACAAGCACAACAAGUUCCCAUAAGCAAAUAGAUUAGGUUCAUUAACUCAAUUAUGAUUGGAGUUGGUUUUAAGGACAAGCAAGUUUCAUCAAUCAAACCAGUUUCAAGAGGAGUUUUAAGGCUCAAAGUUUACAACUGAUCAAGAAGAUGCCCAAGCUACUUAUUAUGAUUGAGAAAGGUAUCAUAUUGAGUUCUUUACAAGGGGGGGGGGGGAACUGAAUUUCGCACUAUCGAUUUUACUAAAUGGAGGAAAACCAAGAUUCUCGGUUUUACUUGAGGAUCUGGAUUCUCUGCGAAGGCCAACGACAAAUGAUCAAAUAAAUGCAAAAAUAUAAAAAGACAACAAAACAAAUUUGUAAAAAGGUUGAUCUUUAUUUCGAAUCAGCGUAAAAGCGUAGCGAGACUACAGCCUUUUAUAAAAGCAUUGGCCGCAAGAUCUGUCGGCGAGUUCCCUAGUUCUAUCCAUCUAAAACCUUUAACCUAAUUGAGUCUCAGCUCGAUAACAAAAUAUGAAAAAGAUACGAAAAUAUUUUGUUGAUUUUGGACUGAACCUUAUGAAAGGCUGCCUACUUACCCCUUUCGAGAAUCAAGCUGAACACAUUUCAAUUAAAGAGUGGAACAAGAGAUCGAACUGCAUGUGCGAGUUAGUCUAGUAUGAGUGCAAGUCGUAGAAACCGAAUUGUCGAGAAUAACACUACAAGAAAACACGUCUAUUGCAAGGGAAAUUUGCGAGUGAAAAUUUUCCAUGCAAAUCCGCAACAGGUUUGCAAGGGAAUUGCAAGAGAAAAUAAAAUCCUCACAAAUUUCUCGCAAAUUUGCAGGGGUUUUAUUUUCUUUUGCAACGGAUUUUCUUUUGCAACUCCGUUGCAAACCUAUCGAAAAUUUGCGAGGGAUUUGCAAGAACAUAUGUGAUAUUUAUAAACUUUAUCACAUGUCUCUCACAAAAUCAAAGAAAGUUAAUAAAUAAAAUAUUAAACUAAAAUAUUUAGUAUUUAACAAGUAUAUUGAUAAAUAUUUAUGGAAAAUUACAAUAUCAGUCAACUAAUAUUCACGGGAUUAAUAUUUCCCGAUACUUAAACUAUUAUUAGGAAGUACUAAACAUCAAGACUCUAAAAUUUAUACAAUAAAUACACGUCAAUAAAAUUUCUAAAAAAAUGAAACAAAUUUUCACUUUAAUUUUUUUUUCAAAAGACAAAAAUAAAUAUUAGUCCACAAGAAAUAUAACAAAAUCCCAAACGAAACCCUUAAUCAUUGCAUAGAACAUGCGUAGGUUCAACAGGCCACACAAACACUCGGUUGUCAAGAGAUGGGUGUUCUCUGAGAAGCCAUUAUUUGGCUGUUUACUGAAACAAGGAUUAAAGUAAGUGCAAGGAGGUUUUGAAUUCUGCUUUACCUGGUUGGAAUGUCAUCACAAAUUACGACUUUCAUCGUCUAGGGCGUAUUUGGUUCUGCUGGGACCGAGUGUGACUGUUACUCUGCUUCACAAGAGUGCUCAAAUCAUCUCUUGUGCUAUCCAAAUGGCUGUGGGUGAUCAGUUAAUCUGCUUUGCCAUCUAUGGCUCUAACUUCACGACCGCUAGAAGGCAGCUUUGGGAUGAUAUUAGAGCUACCCAGCAGGCCUAUAAGCAUACCUUGGAUCCUACUUGGGAAUUAUAACACCACUCUAUCCUCCACUGACCAUUAUCGUAUGCAUGAUUAUCUUGGUGAUCAAUAAGGAAUGUUGCAGUUUUAGGAACUGGUAGAAAAUUGUGCACUCACAGACCUUAUCUAUACUAGGGCUUUAUUCACUUGGUGGAAUAAGAGGGGUGCUGACCCCAUUGGCAAGAAAUUGGAUCGGGCUUUUAUAAAUGGGCACUGGCUUUGGGUUUAUCCUCAGUGUUUUGCUUGGUUUGAAACCGGCGGAGUCUCUGAUCAUGCUAUAUGUCUGGUGCGUUUAAAGCAACAAGUCGAAGGAAAGCACAAGCCUUUCAAGUUCUUCAACUACUUGACAGAACAUGGAGAGUUUCUAUCUACUAUCAAGAGUAAAUGGGAUGAGGCGGGUCCCAUAUUUCAUUCUAGAGUUGCUCUCACCAAGUUACAUCAGAAAUUGAAGUGCCUUAAGUUUGAUCUGCGGGAAUUGAACAUGAAUCUUUAUGGUGAUCUUCAUACUAGGACAAAGCAAGCUUUUGAGGAUCUCUGUAGUUGUCAGGUACAAGCUCUCUCAAAUCCCACUCCCAUUACCUUCCGAGCAGAGAAGGAAGCCUCCCAGUUAUGGAAUCAAUUAGAACUUAUUAAGGAGACGUUUCUCAUGCAGAAAUCGCGGAUCCAAUCACUCGCUCUUGGAGAUCAAAACACUACAUUGUAUCAUCAUGCUGUUCAGGACCAUGCAGCUAGAAACAACAUAAAUGUGCUAUAUACUGAAACCGGAGAAUGAAGCAGUAGAUUACUUCCAGAAAUUCCUUCAAGCAGAAUCUACCCAAAGUACCCCUAUCUCGACUGAGAAUCUUCAGUUCCUCCUGCACUUUCGUUGCUCGCCGCAAGACAAUGCUCAACUGGUCUCUCCUAUCACCCCUCAGAAAUUACGCAAGCUCUUAAGUCUCUCCCGAAUGGAAAGGUUCCAGGGCCAGAUGGAUAUACAAAUGAGUUCUUCAUUGCGGCUUGGCCAGUUGUUGGAAAGGAGUUUGUUGUGAAGAUCCAAAUCCUUUUUCCUGUUCAGCUUUCUUCCUACUGGAGUUAACUCCACUAUUCUUGCUCUGAUCCCCAAGAAGACACCAGCUGAAACGAUGAAAGACUAUAGGCCAAUCUCCUGCUGCAACCUUCUCUACAAGGUAAUCUGGAAGAUACUUGCAAAUCGACUUAAGGUGUUCCUUCCUGUAGCCAUUGAGCCGAAUCAGAUCGCCUUUGUGGAAGGGAGAUUACUCCUUGAGAAUGUGUUGCUGGAAACAGAGCUUGUCAAAGGUUAUCAUCAGUCUAACAUCUCUGAUCGUGCUACCCUCAAGCUUGAUAUCUCAAAGGCUUUGGACACUGUUAAAUGGAGCUUUAUCACUUCGGUACUACAGGAAAUGGGGCUGCCUAGUCAAUUCAUCUGGUGGAUUUAUCUCUGCAUCUCCACAGCAUCCUUUUCAUUUGCGAUCAACGGAGAGCUUGAAGGUUUCUUCACUAGUGCUCGUGGAAUCAGACAAGGGUGCUCACUCUCCCCAUAUCUUUAUGUCAUUGUGAAUAAUGCCCUCUCAGGUAUGUUUAAUCAGGCUGCAGUAGAUGGUCAUUUCGGCUAUUACCUGCAGUGCCAGCAGGUUCAGCUCAAUCAUCUCAGCUUUGCUGAUGACAUUCUUAUCUUUACAGACGGCAGUGUAAAGUCACUUGAGGGGGUUCUAGAAGUUAUGCACCGCUUUGCAGGUUUAUCUGGCCUUCAGAUUAAUAUCUCCAAGUCAUUCAGUUUUGCUGCUGGAAGGAACCAGAAUUUAUUGACUCAUGCGGCGCAGGCUCAGGGUUUUUUAACAGGGACAUUCCCUGUAAGAUAUUUGGGCAUGCCUCUCACGACAAAGGCUUGGACCAAACUUGAAUAUGAACCUCUCAUUGACCAGAUCCGCAGCAUGCUCCUUUCUUAGACCCAUCGAGCUAUAGCUUUCGCUUGCCGGCUUCAGUUAAUAAAAUUGGUAAUCACAAGCACCAUUAACUUUUGGAGCUCAGCUUUCAUCUUGCCGCAGGGUUGCUUGAACACUAUUGCGAGUAUGUGCAGUGCCUUCUUAUGGUCUGGCUCGCCAACCAUUGCGCACAAGGCCAAAGUUGCAUGGAAAGAUCUUUUCAGCACCAAAGAGGAAGGUGGUUUAGGCACUCGGCGUCUCUGCGACACUUCAAGGGUUUUUCGGUUUAAACCUCAAUUGGAAAUUGUUUACACUUGAAGGAUGGAGAAGAAGGUGUGUUCUCUUUGUAUCAAUGUGUUCUCAUUUUCUAUCUCUUUGCCUCUCUAUCUCUGAAUCUGAUUUUGUCUGUUUUGGUAAAGGAAUGUGAAGGAUGGAGAACAAUCUUGAUGGUUGAGGAGACAAGGCCAGCCAUUGUAUCAGUGGUGGUGGUGCAGCGGUUGCAGUGGUGGUUGUUAGGGGAUUUUUGUGUAAGUCCUUUUUAGGGUACUAUGGAACGGAGUAUAAGCUAUAAGAUGCGAGUAGUUCGAAUGGAUUUGUGUAGAAUUUGUGUAGAAAAAUGAAUAACAAGACUUGAAGAUAUGUUUUUUUAGAUCCAAGAGCCGGAAUUACGAGGUUUAGAGUAAGAACCCUAGCUCUAGCCGUCUAAGUCUAAUCUCUAUGUCUUGGAGUAUGAAUGAGUUGAUCCCCCGCUUUAGGGUUUUGUUUCGCCUUAUAUAGCUGCUCCUUUGUAGGUCUGAGCAAGAGGAAUUCUUCCAUAUUCAGAAAUAUGGAGGAUUCUCCUAGUCGGAAGUUUUCCAUUUUCGGAGGGAGGAGUAGUUCCCGAGGGUAGUUCCUGGAGUAGUUCUGAAGCGUAAUUCCUGAGUUCCUUUCAGUGAGGACCUGGGGUACUUCGUAAGCGGGGACCCUGAGGUCUGGGUCCAGCUUGGAACCUAGAGAAAACUGAUACAAUAGUAUUUUUCCCCAACAAUUUGCCCCUUAUUACUUGAUUUCGUCGUCAAACUCGGGGAAUAACCUGUGCACUCAAGUCAACCGGAGUUGCUCAUUGUCAGCAGGCUUCCCCUGGGCAGGACCCUUAGUAGCUUCAUGUUUUAGCCGAGUCUUCUUUAGGACCGGAGUCUGAUGUGGAGUUUGUUUUCUUGAAGUAGUUUGGAGUUCCAAUAAUAUUCCUUAGGAUCUAUGCAGCUAGGGAAGAUCCAGAUUCAUGGUUCUCUGAUACUAGUUUUCUGGAACUCUGAUUCCGCAACUGGUUUCAGAGGGAAAUGAAUGAUUUUCUUGGGGUUCGCGUCCGUAGCUUUUUCGACGUGUGUCCCUCGCAUGGGAUCCCUUUCUGGCGCGUGGGAAUCCAAUUAGAGUUUUGUCUUCAAUUUCUCAGGCUGGCCGCCUAAUCGAUGCUUCACUUUCCUUUUCUCUCAAGAUCUUCGGCGAUUCUCUCCAAGCUUAAUUUCUCAUGGGUAAUUUUCUCACCUCUUCCUCUCUUUAUUUGAUUUCUCUUUGGUUCUGCUUUGUUGUCAAGGAUGAAGAUGAAACCAUAUCCAUCCCUAUACGCUUCCUCUAUAGGAGCUAGAGUCAGAUCAGGUAGAGAAAAGGGUGCACCCUGUUAUGGUAUUUUUGUGUAGGGUCGUUUUAGUAUUACGGAACACUAGAAGACUUUGAACAAAGACAAGAAAUCGAGGCUAGAAGAGAUGUUUAUUGAGUAUAUGAUUCGCAACUACAAUGUUUGGUGUAUAAAUCCUAGUUCUAGUCGCCUAAAAUCUAAUCUCUUAGCCUCUGAAAGUCGAUCCCUUGAUCUAGGGUUUGGGCUUCCCUUUUAUAGUUGAAGAUGUCGGCUUCAAGUAGGGUGAACUCUUCCAUAAUCGGAAAAUGAAAGUUUCCCCUUAGGCAGAAAACUUCUAUUUUGCUUCAUGGGUCGGCCCGAUUGAAAGGGUCGGACCAAUAGCAGGGGUUGGACCCUGAUCUCUUCUCAAGCAACGGUCUGGAAGUCGAGGGCCUAUCCGGAAGCUGGAGGAAACUAAUACUUAGAUAUUUUUCCCCAACAAUUUGUCCCUUAUUCCUUGAUUCUAUCGUUGAAAUCAAGGGAUAAUUUGUAUUUCUGGACCUUGCCUUGAUAGUUUUCUCCUAGGCUGGAGAUUGCUUUAGACGCCUUGAUUUUUCAUGCUGAUUUAGACCAAGGCCGUGUUGAUGGCUAGAGCAGAUGAUUACUUAAGGCUUGAAUUUUCUAAACCUCUCGGAAUAUUCGAAUUUUACCGCGGAUCAUCUUUAAUGGAAAAAGUGGAAAGGAAUGACCCCCUUUAAGAGCUUAAGGCGUGCGGGCCUUGCGCAUGAGAUCAUUUGAACGAAAUGGGCUUCGUGAUUAGGCCCAAUGACGGUUGAUUUUCCCCUUUUGGCGCUCAUUUCAUCGCGUGGCGAUCCCUCUGAGACACGUGAUCAUCACUUUAGGGUUUCUUCCCUCUCUCUCUCUUUCAUUUGAUCAAAAUCAAACCUCUUCCUUUCAUUUCUUCGCCAUUUCUUCUCAAGAUUCUCUCUGCGGCUUCCCUCUUUGGAGAUUCCUUCUCACUCUCAACAGGUAGCCGUCGUUUCUAUUCCUCUUUUCUUCUUUUGCCUUUGUUUAAUCGUUCCUAAUCAUGUCCGGUGAUUCCUCUAACAAAACCCUAGAUCCAUCCCCCGUAGGUAGUAGGAUUAAAUCUAGGACUUUAGACUCGAUGAGCUCCUCUUCCCUCUCCCCUGAUCGUGCGGCCGAAGCAAAGAGCCCUCGGCUCAACGAGAUCGAGAACAUCUCCUCCGAUGAUGAAGCCGAAGAAUCUCCGUUGUUGGGUCCAGUGUCUAGGAUCGGGAAAAGAGACGUCGAGGAGUGGAGGAGGAAGUACCAUCUUCAUCAAGAACUCUUCAUCCGGAUCCCGGGUCCUUCCGACAGGAUUUCGGAGUUGACGAAGUUCCGAUCUAUGAGGCGUAUUUCGAGUCAGGCUUCCAAGAUCGCAUCCUUUCACUGACUACUAAGCUCUCAGAGCAUUUUGGAGGGCUCUGAUAGCGACCAAAACCUAGGCGAUUUGGAGGGUUUAGUCUUAGGCGUGAACGAGGUUCUUUAUUCCUAUUACGUCGCCUCUCUGCCUGGAUUGAAAGGCAAGUAUUAUCUCCAUCCUCGCAGCGGCAAUGCUCUGGUUAGGUAGAUUGAGAAGGGUGUGAGGAAGCGUCAUCCGGUCUUUAGUGGUAGAUGGGCGGAGAAAUUUGCGUUUGUAACCUUCCCGGCUUCUCCCAUAUUUGGCACGUUGUGGACGUGCCUCGCUCACCCAUACCAGAAGGAAAGGAGGUUGCUGACCAGGUUCUCGGGCUCCUUAUGCAGCGUAGUCAGGUAACAUGUCAGGAUCGACAAGAGAACAAGCCUUAGAUGCCUUCACCAAAGCCGUAGAAAAGCUCUCAGCCAAGAAGCCUACUCCCAAGGCCACUGCUUUAGGCGAUGACGAGGUUCAAUUCCUCAGAAGUGGCAAGCGCAAGACGUCUGCCAGCUCAUCCCCUUCUGCUUCCAAGAAGAAAACUCGGGCUUCCGGAUCAACCCAAAGGUCUCUCUGCAGCCUCAUGUAGACUUGUCCAAGGUGCUGACUGAUCUCUCCUCUACAACUUUCCCGGGCAGCACAUGCUUCUUUCCUGCGGGGGACAUCCCGAAAUCCAUCGAGUCCAUCCAAUUCGAUCUCCUUCAGGCAAUGUCCCAGAUUCACCAUCUCGGGGACAUGGUGAAUGAGCAACCUUCCAAGAGAGAGGUGGAGAGUCUGACUGCUCGGCUUCGGGAGGAGAAAGACAAGGCUCUAGCUCUGGGGAAAGAGAUCACCAUCAUAGGCUGUCGAAUUUUCUUUGAAGCUCGGCCUCCUUUUGGGUUUUCGGUUGAUUGUUCUGCUCAUUCGCCGUCACCAUCACGUAGUUUGGAUUACCCCCCUCCUUCUAGCGCCAAACUGUUAGGGGAUUUUUGUGUAAGUCUUUUUAAGGUACUACGGAACGGAGGAUAAGCUAUAAGAUGUGAUUAGUUCGGAUGGAUUUGUAUAGAAUUUGUGUAGAAUAAUGAAUAACAAGACUUGAAGAGAUGUUUUAUUAGAUCCAAGAGCCGGAAAAACAAGGUUUAGAGUAAGAACCCUAGCUCUAGCCGUCUAAGUCUAAUCUCUAUGAGUUGGAAUAUGAAUGAGUCAAUCCCCUUCUUUAGGGUUUUGUUUCGCCUUAUAUAAUUACUCCUUUGUCGGUCUGAGCAAGAGGAAUUCUUCCAUAUUCGGAAAUAUGAAAGAUUCUCCUAGUCGGAAGUUUUCCAUUUCCCCGAGGGAGGAGUAGUUCCCGAGGGUAGUUCCUGGAGUAGUUCCGAAAGGUAGUUAAUGAGUUCCCGAGUUCCUUUCAGUGAGGACCCGGGGUACUUUGUAAGCGGGGAGCCGGAGGUCUGGGUCCUGCCUGGAAUCUGGAGGAAAAUGAUACCGGAGUAUUUUUCCUCAACAGUGGUGGUGAGGCGGAAGAGGCAAAGAGGCAGGUGGUUAACUUUUAGGUUAAUAGUUUUUUUAUUAGGUUUUGAUUAAGUUUAGUUAGGUUUAUGUACCAGUUUCAAUAGUUGUCGUUUCUGUUUUGUACUUUUGGUAUUUUUAAAAAUAUUUUUCAAAAGAUUUGCGAGGGAAUUUUUGUUUGUUGCAAAUUUAUUGCAAAUUUGCAAGGGAAUUUGAGUGUCUCGCAAAUUUGCAAGGAAAUAUAUUCUCUCACAAAUUUGUGAGGAAAUGAUUUCCCUUGCAAAUUUGCGAAAGAAUUGCGAGCGAUUUUAAUUUGUGACUAAGGAUUUUCGAGUAUUUGAUUUUCUUCGCAAUUCCCUUGCAAAUCGCAUUUUUCAAGGGAAUUGCGAUGCCUUUUUUCCUUGCAACGGACAUGUUUUCUUGUAAUGUAAAGCCUAAGGUUUCUAAGUGCAGAGAGUUCUAAGUUUCUAGAAAAUCUUCAUGUGCUUCUUGCCUUGGCUCUCCUUAUAUAUGCCUCCAAGGUCUGCACAUUUUUUCCCUUCUGCCCUCUUGAGUUUAUCUCUCCGCAGAAGUUUUCCAUAUCUUCUCGAUCUUAAUGUUUAUCUUCGGAAAUUUAACAUUUAUCUUCUUUUCCUUUUAUUCCUAGUUGAAACUGAAUAGACCAUCUUAUGUGGCUUUCGUCAUGUUUUAGGCUUUUUCGGGACGUUUUAUGUCUUAUGCGUUUUUAUGUUUUCAUCGGAGAAGUUGGCGAUUUGACUGAUGUCCAUUUUCUAUACUGUUGGUCUUACAAACCAAAUCAGAUCAGUUCACUAAGUCGAGUAUACGAUGAUGUCCAUUUUCUAUAUUAUCUUAAUGUUUGACUUGAACUGUUUACGAGUAAAUAUGCGUUACUUGUUUUCUUCGUAAAACUUCAACAGAAACUCUGAUUGGGACGAAACAAAAGACAUUUCGAUCAAUAUUGAAAGGAGAACAUAAUGGUGACGCCUAAUGGUGGCCAGGAGGAAGUGUGGCCGCCCUAAACUAAGGAGAGAGGAAGGGAGUGGCCGUUCCCACCCUAGAACGGGGAGAGAGGGGCCGUGCUCAUAGGCCGUUCCCGCCCUAGGGCGGGAAGAGAGGGGCCAUUCCCGCCCUAGGGCGGGGAGAGAGGUCAUGCCCGCCCUAAGGCGGGGGAGAGAGGGGCCGUUUCGAUGCCUUUCUUCUGUUCUCAUUUUCUCCGUUGAUUUCUUCGUAGAUUUCAGAAUUAUUUUUUUUCUUUUACGCAAGUGUUUCCGUACACAUUUUCCAAUAGCUGUUUUGCGGAAGAUUACAUUUCUGCGGAAACUUUCCAAAUUUUUUUCUACAGAAGAUUGUUUCAUAAAUUUGUCACUUUAUCGCAAAAACCUUCCGAAAGAAUUUUUCCGAUAUUUUCAUGUUUGGAUAGAAACGUUUUUAUUUUUUUGUCUGUAUCCUUUAUUCAAAUAGGCUCGGUUCAUGCGGCGUAGUUUUGGAAUUUCCAGUUUGUAUUUAUCUAAGACAUAUUUCUCGGAAGAUUUUAGCCGUCGAUUUUGCCAUUAAUUCAAUCUAAAUGGUUUAUGUUCAAUUCUAAAGAUGCAAAUGAUGCAACUAAAUGCUUAUUUCCACCCAAAGUUGCUCCAAUAUGAUUAGCACACAAUAGUUUGAAUGUUUCUAAAAAUAACUUGAAAAGGAAAAGAAAACGGUAUAACACCAAUAUAAUUACCACACAAUCGUAGAAAAAAGAGACAAACAAGAAAAAAAAACAAUUUUUAUGGAUCACCAUGCAAGACAUGACUGCUAGUUUACAUACUCCUAUCUAUAAAUUAACCUGCACUUCAAAUACAAAUUUCAACCAUCGAACCAAUAAAUGUAAAAUUCAAAAGAAAAAAAAAAUAAACUUGUUUGUAACGUAAGAAUAUUACAAAGAACAAUAUGUCGUCAUCACAGUUCGUUAUCUUUUGUAUUAUCUUGAUUACUUUAUUUCCUCGUCGUGAAUUUGUUGAUGGCCAAGUUCUUGGUGUGGGUAAAGAAGCUUGUAAGCAAAUCAAAUGCGGCGAAGACAAUAAACUUAAUUGUAAUUGUUGUGUCUCCAAUGAUGGGAAUCAGUACAGGUGUUACGCUAAGAUGGAAUUUUGUAAAGAAAUGUGCGGAAUAAUGUUAUAAGCUAUUCGGAGAACCUACAUCAGAGAUUAUAAAUACCUGGAUGAAUAAUUUAUUUAAUAUCUUAUAUCUACUUUCGUUUUCCAUUAGUCCAACAAAUUCAGUUUAUGCCUAUUGUAUUUAGUGUUAGAGACUUUCAUAUUCUAUGUAAUGCACAAUGGUUUAAGUAUCUUAACUUCAAAGUUUGUUAUGAGAA